GAGCACGUGAAAACCCGCUGGAAGACAUUACGUGAUCGAUUCAAGAAAGAGGAGAAAAAGGAGAAGAUGACAGGCAAGCCAGCCACAUGGGUGUUUCAAAAGCCCUUGCGUUUCAUUCAAACUCUGCCUAAGGAACGAGUAUCGGAUGAUAGCGCAGUAGCGGUGAAAGAGGAACAACCGGACAAUGGUCAUAUCUCUCCCAUGGAGACUGCUAUCUCAUUCAUAAAGCAGGAGAUAAGCCGUGCGGCUGAGGCUGCGGUUGAGCCGCCUUCUUCAUCUGAUGCAGCCAUAGAAUCUCCUUCAAUGACACCGUUGUCUAAUCAAGAUCCUUGCUACCUUCCGCCUUCUGAAAAACGCCCGCGGGUUAGUCUCACUGACCAUAUUCUUCCCAUUCCUCCAAGCCGACUUCUAGCCCCACCAAUAUGGCAGAGAAUUGAGGAUGAGGAGGACGAAAUGUUUGGUCAUAUGGUUGCACUUCGUCUUUCGAAGCUUAAUCCUAAAGCGAAAGAAAUGGCUAAGAUGCGAGUCAUGCAAGUCCUGUUUGAAGCGCAAUUCGGUGCACAGUCAUGA